UGAACAGUAUAAAGGAAGAUCCAAAAACAGAUGGUACACACAUUGACUACUGCUGCAUACAAAAUGAAGGUGUUGAUUAUCCUCCUCAUCACAGUUCUGGCUUUGCACGUAGCGUCCUCCGCGCCGAGCCGGCUACACGACCUGGAGCAAGCCAUGAUGAACCAGCUGCACAGGCCCUGGCACGAGUCCAGACCGACCUCUGAGCAUCCGAGGAAGGGUGAGGGGUGCAAGGGAGGACGAUGCAAGGUACAAGAAGGAUGCGAGGGUUGCCAAUACGCAGUGCCUAUCCAGUUUAAUAAUUUUGAAGAGUUUAAUAGCAAUAAUUAUAAAAACUGA